AUAUCACAAGAACCAUUAGGGAAGAGCCUGAUCCAGCUUAGGGUGGCGCAAAUUCCAUUUAUCGUGUUCUUUGGUUGCACAUUUCCCCAGCAUUCUCUACCACAGCUUCUCUCUGUAUUAGUAUAUAUAGUUUAUGGUUAGAGAUAACAACACGAGGACAUUUUUUCCUAGUGUAUCAGAUAUUCGCUAUCUAUUUGAUUCCAUCUAAAGGUAUAUAUCCUUUGGAAAGUCACUUUUAUCGAUGAAGGACGGCUCCGCAGCUCCUAUUGUAAUGGCUUUGAUAUGGAUUUUCUUUUUCUUUCUUUUGUGUGCCAUGUCGACUCUUUUAUUAAAUUGGUUUAUGCAGAAGCGUCAGCAGUAUGCUAAUAUCAUCGAACAGGACGGCGAUAGCGUUGUCGAGCUACAAGUGGGACCUUCAACAGCGGAGAAGCCUACUGCUGCGCUAUCGCAAGACAUUGCACAAUCAGACCCUGAUAAUGCAUCGGCGCCAUCAUCGGGGAGAUCAAGGAAUGCCUCCAGACAGCGUUUUCUGGAGUCGCGGCGUGCUGCUGCUCAUCAAAAUUACGGCUCAGUUUCUCUAGCACACGCCACUCUUUCAUGAUGUGGCGAUAAAGUUCAAGUUGUUUGCGAAUGGUUCUGUUUUUGUUACAAAAAAGUAAUUUUCUAGCGUUAUUAUGUAUUUAUGGUUGAAUACCCUUUGAUAUUAUAUGUGUAUGACUCUUUGCUUAAUUUGGAAGAGAAUAUAUUGAAUUUAGUAUAAAGAUUUAGUAGAUCAUAUUCUGGUAAGUUUUCUGUUCCUCCGUUGCGAUUAAAUGUCACUAAAUGAAUAUCUAAA